AUGCUCACCUACCCUCGUCUGUUUUGCGGGUUGGGGGUUGGGGGUUGGGGGGGGAGAGGGGCGUCUGCAACUCCGCACGGCGCAGGCCAAGUUCCAACGCUGCACUGCCCGAGGCCAAGGUUCGAUGAAAAAUACAUUGGCUCUGCUCUGCUGCGCUGUGCUAUGCUUAACUCGCGCCGACACAAGCGGUCUCUUCACGGCGCGCAACAAGAGACGGGAUCCGGUGCGCAACAAGAGACGGUAGGUAUCCGAGUUCAUAUUGUAGGGCAGCCAAAUGGUGCAAGGCCGGACGGAAUGAACGAAAAAGCCCAAGGCCAUCCUUUCCUGUCAGCUCUCCUUUGGGUAAUGGUGGCGAUGCCUGCCACCUUCCCGUUAGCCAUCAUCACAUACCACGGGAAAAAGGGACAAGUGAUGGCUCUACCGGGACCGAGUAGGACGACUGCUCCUCGCAAGAACAUCAUUCCUCUCCUGGCCGAAGACGUCGACGUCGCACUGUCAUUCCAGCGCACUCUUGGUACCACACGAGUACCAAUGUCGUACUCCGGGGAACUGGGUUCACCCUCCGACCCGUGCGCUUUGCUGCGACGACUUGACAGUCUAGAAACGAGAAAACGUGCAUACGGGCUAGGUAGUGUACUCUCCUGUGUGGACCAAGAUGCCUUUAGCCAGUUACUGUACUCUCCUGUGUGGACCAAGAUUCUUUUAGCCAGUGUGUACACAACCUUGGUCACGCGGCCGUGUCGAGGUGUGCUUGGACGAUCCGCUUAUUUCUCGAGUGCACCUAGGAAGAGGAUCGAUGGGCUAUCUAGGGAACAGAUCACGAUGAAGAACAAGCCAGACCAGGGCACUGGGAAAACAGGGCAAGGCAGGAAACCGAGUUGGCAAACGGCCGCAGAAGGGCAGAUUCUGGGAUGGUGGAGUGCCACACGAAGCAGCCACAAUCAGCGCAAGGUGAAGCGGAUCGCGCGCAAAUGGGCGUCUACAAGGAGGUGGCGAGGAACCAGUGUUCCUUCUAGGGCUACUAUAGGUACGGUAUUGCACCCUGUCGAGCGCCGUGGCACACACGAGCCGGCCCCCUCGUGGUUGCCUGCCCAUGGGAUGCGGUUGCGCAUUCAGGAACAUGAGACAGAUUUGGUGAUGGGGCAUUUGGCAUGCCAUUUGCAGUCCAGUCGCCAAGGGGAGGGGGAGAUGAUGGUCAAGAAGAAUGUACCGGGCUGCGUGACCGGGUGCAGACAGCAGCGUGUUGAGGACGGCCAGCGAAGCGCUCUUGGACAGCCAUCAGCUGGUCAAGGUAGAGUAGAAACUGUGGCUGCUGGUGCUGGUCCAUGGCAUGCGCCGGGGAGAUGGACAAUGGACGACUCGUCGUCGGGCACAGGGCAAUUUCACAGCAGACGAAAAGGAAAGCAAAGCAGCGCAGAGGGCGCGGCGCAGAGGGGGAGUUAG